UUUGUCUCGAUCAUUGGCUGCACGUGGAAACUGGAAACCCGGAAGGUUAAAAAAAUUCUCCUCUCAACUUCUAGUCUUCUUCUUCCUUUUGUUGCUACUUGCUACCAUCUGCUGCUCUACCCAGAAGGUUAAAAAAAGUUCUGUUCUUUUGUCCAAAUUACAAGAGCCAGUAUUAAUAAGAACAGUUGGACCGAAGAAUCUGUUAUUUAUAUAAUAACUAUAUAUGUAUUCUGUAUUAUUAUUUCGCUAUCGCUUGCUGUAAGGUUCACCCUGUUCCCCCUUCAAGUCAGUGUCUUUUGACGGGGAUUUCUUCCUCCAUUCUUUUUUCAGGCAAACUAUCUGUCUGUUUCCUCUUCCCUCCCCGUUCUCCUUCCUCUUCUUCUUUGCAGCUUUCCUCUUCUUGAAAUUGAUGGUCCUUUCCCCUUUGUCUGGGAAAAGAAUUUUGGGAUCUUGGUGGGUUUCUGUCUUGUGUAAUUCUGUUUUCCAUAUUUUUCUUGAGGAUGUUUGAUGAUCUGGGCAUAUGCCUUUUUCUCAUGGUGAAAUCCCCUCUGGUUAAUGUACUACUUCGGAUGGAAUUUUGUGGGUUACUGUUCUUGUUUCUUGUAAUGGCUUCUGUUUCCCCUUGCAUUGAUCUUCUGGUUGUGAUGAUCACAGUUAGUGCUGGGUUUGACAUUCUGAUGUUAAUUGGAAGUGUUACUAUUUGGGCUAAGAGAGGGUUCAUAAACUUCAGUUAAUUUGGAUGGGUAUUAAAUAUUAAUCAAGCGAAAUGGAAAGUGAUAUAAAUUCAUGAACUCUUUAUUUCUCAAAUCAAUUAUCAGGAAACAAUGAUAGCUGGACUUUGCUUCCUGGUAUUGUUCUAUUUACUGUCAAUAUCUUGGUAUUAACUGAGCUGUUCUGCAAUCUUUUUUUCUUAAAGGAUGGCUCUUUCUGGGGUUCAUAAAGAAAGAGGAGAAGUGAGGAUUCAUGAGAGCUUGGAUGAGCUGAGCACAGAUUUGGCAGACUAUAUUGCUGAACUAUCUGAGGCUUGUGUGAAAGAGAGAGGAGCAUUUGCCAUUGCCUUGUCUGGUGGUUCUCUCAUUGGUCUCAUGGGGAAACUCUGUGAAGCUCCUUAUAGCAAGACAGUAGACUGGGCUAAAUGGUACAUAUUUUGGGUAGAUGAACGUGUGGUUUCAAAGAGCCAUGCUGAUAGCAAUUAUAAGUUAGCAAAAGAUAACCUUUUGUCCAAGGUUCCAAUUGUUCCAAGUCAUAUACACUCGAUAAAUGACUCAGUCUCGGCAGAGGAGGCAGCCGAUGAGUACGAGUUUGCCAUCCGACAGCUGGUGAAAAUGAGGACAGUCGAUGUGUCUGACAUCAGUGACUGCCCUAAGUUUGACCUUGUGCUUCUUGGUCUGGGACCUGAUGGUCAUGUAGCAUCUCUAUUUCCUAACCACUCUGCGCUCAUCGAGCAAGAUGAGUGGGUUACAUUCAUUACCGAUUCUCCUAAACCUCCACCGGAGAGAAUCACAUUCACUUUACCUGUCAUCAACUCGGCUUCCAACGUGGCAGUAGUUGCAGCAGGCGAAAGCAAAGCGGAGGCUGUACACUUGGCGAUUGAUGAAACUGAACCUGAUGAUGGCAAGACUUCACUGCCUGCAAGAAUGGUGCAGCCGAGGAAUGGGAAGUUGGUCUGGUUCUUGGACAAGUUAGCUACUUCGAAGCUCCAAGGUUCUCAUGCAGAAUAGAGGAAGGGCAGAAGAGAGCUCAAUUUGUUGCAAUGUGUAUGUUUUAGUAGGUAGUAAAGAAGUGGGAUUCAACUCCAAUGGUCCUUCUUCCUUUUACUUGCCUUCUGCUAUGCUUUUGCUGUUGGCAUACAUCUCUCCAUUUUGGCCAUUCUAUUCUCUAAUCUGAGUUGGAGAAAGAAGUGUGAUUAUCUAUCCCCCUUUUUUGUACUAAGAAUAAAAUGAUGGGGCUUUAGUGCAAAGCCUUCUAAUCCUUUUGGUGUCUCUGUAGCUUCAUUUCUAAGAUUAUGUUACUGAAGAGUUCAGUUAGUAAGUUUCAACUUCCAUGGAGAACAGGUGCAAUAAGAUUUUAAC